UGUGAUCAAAAUGACAAAUCGCGACAUAAAGUGUCAAGAAUUUUGACGAUGUAUUGGUGGAUGCGAAAGGGUCGUGCAGUCUUUCGCGAAUAAAUCUCCAUCAAUCAGCUUCUUGAUUCUCCAACGUUUACUGGGCAAAUAAAAAUGAGCAAAUUGGAGGACAGUUUUGCAUGGACACAUCGAUUGGGAUGUCCACCAUCGAUUUGCAACGAAUCAACAAAACAAACAUUAUCGAAGGGAAUCGUUGGCUUGCUAUGGGACCAUAUCGCUGACAAUCUACAUCCCACAUCCGAAGUUUUGGAGGCACGGAAAAAUAUCUUACUCCAUAAACUGAGAGAGAAUGCAGAAGACAGUGUGAUUCAAACAAUUAAAAAAACCUCUAAGAUAAGAGCAGAAAGAAAGGAUUUGAGACAGCGAAUUCGUGCUGCUGAAAAAGAACGAGAAACGCAAGAAUUCUUACUUCGUAAAAAACGGCAAGAACUCGUCAAGAUACAAUCAACUCGUCAAUGCGUCGAAGCAAAGAAAGAACUUUUCUCCAUAAAGUAUGAUCAGAUGCAGGCGCAAGUUCAAGAUUGUAAUCAAAUGCGCCAAGUUUGUAAAUGUCUGUUGCCGUCCAGUGGUGAUCAGGUCGACCUGAACACAAUAGAGGGAUCUUUGACCUUAGUCAGUUCUAUGCUCUCCGGCACGGAUAAGAAAAAGGUUUGGAAGAAGAUAUCGGAGACACUCUAUCCCGUCGCAACCCCAGUCUUAUGGAACAUUCUAUCGCAAAGCCGAACAACUGAUAUCGAUAAAGUUGUCCAGUUAGGAUAUGAAAUAUCCCCGAAUGCUACUCCUGCUAACUGUGGAGAGAAAUUUGAAAUCGGCAUUGCAAAAGCCUGUAGCCUACAUGUAACAGCUGUAUCAAAACGAUUGUUGAAUGAUGCCAAAGCUAAUGAGCAUCAGUCAACCAUUCUGGAAUAUAUUGAACAGAUCGAGAAAGCUCAAACUAACCAUCUGGACAUCACCGAAUGGCUGGCAUUGACUUUGGAAGUUCGUAAAUGGGAGGCAGAGCAGAGGGGCUUACAUCAAGCUGUAAAAGAUAUCAAUGAAAACCUAGAACCCCAGACCGAAUUAAAUGCGGAACUGAGCAAUAUAGCGAUCAAAAUGCAGCAAACCGAUGUUGAAAUGAGACAAUGUGCCGAUGAUAUACAAACGUCCAUGGCGCUCUUGAAAGGAGCUGGUGCUACCUUAAACCGCGCAAAAGAAAAAUUGCUGAAUGGAUUGCAAAAAUUUGCGAUAUUCAGAGCAGUGGAUCAAGACAAAACCUGGUUGGACAUUGAUCUCAAUAUCGAAAUUGAAAACUUCUAUGAGCGGAUCAACAUAAAUGCUUUAAGAAAAAUUACAUUAGGCGGAGAAGUUGGUGCAUAUAGACAUACGACAUGCUGCAUUGGGCAAUCAGGGCUUGCUAUUACUGUUCCGCUAGAUGUGAACGAUACCCAUGACUUUCCAUUUGUUCGUGCUCCCGUGUAUCACUUGUUGGAUUGUUACAAAGCCUUGAUGAAAUCCGUUUGGUUCGCUAAUUAUAAGUCGAGCUCUCCAGAUCCCGAACUACAGCUAAACCUAAUCAAAGACGUGGAGAAACAGUGGCAUUCGAUGUCGUCUAGAAACCAUGUUCGUUCUUUUGAGGAGUUGAUGAAUCUCGCUGAUCAAGCUUCUGAUAAAACACAGGAGUAUCUGCAAAACUUCGACGCCACUUUUGAAGCUUGGACAAACCAGGUAGUGAGUUCCAUAUUGAUGUCUUAUGAAAACACUGUGGAUGGAAUAACUUUCAGGGAGUGGCAACAGCGAUUUGACACUAUGGCAUCAUUGUUGGCCUCGAAGACUAAGGCUUUGAAGUAGAACGGCGUUAUAAUGAUCGUUGUGGAGCGAAUUUUUAUGAAUCAGUAUAAAAAAAAUAUUUGAAUAUAGAUGUGUAAAUAAUCAUAAGUUACUAGUAUUUUUAUACUUUCUUACGGUA